GCGGCUGUCUAGCCUUUUCCUCUCUUUCCUGCCUGCUGGAGGCUGCAGGCGGCGAUUUUCCUGCCAUGUCGAAGUUGGCUCUGGAGGAGCUCUCUGCGAUCGCUGCUAUUUACUGUGGGCAGGGAGAAUGUGAAGUGCUGCACGUAUCAGGUCAUUUUCAUUGUCCCCAUUGUUCUCUAUGGGGAGAUGAAGAUGAGAGAGUAGCCAGCCAAGUAAGACCACCUGAGACGGAAGGAAUCUCAUUUAGGAUUCAGACCAGUGUGAAAGGACCUUUGGAGACAGAUGUAUUGUUGAAGCUGCUGUUUUCUUUACCGAUCAAUUACCCAUCAACCUUGCCGAAUAUCUCUGUCCACUCUGAGCAGCUUACAAGGACACAGUGUAUGGCAGUGAAAGAGAGAUUACUUGAAGAAGCGAAGAGACAUUUUUCACAACCCAUGGUACAUGAGCUGAUUCUCUGGAUACAACAGAAUCUGAAGUACAUUGUUGAGCAAGACGAAACUUCAGCCUGCAGUGGGAAAAGUACUCUAUCAACAAAAGCAACUACGGACAACGGUGUAUCGACUGUCCUUUUGCAUUUGGAUCACAUGAGAGCUAAAGGAAAAUAUGUCAAAACAGUGGAAAAAUGGUGUGCAGAUCUAAGGCUCACUGGAAGAGUGAUGUUCAUGGGCAAGAUGAUUUUUAUUCUUCUUCAAGGAGACAAGAGCAGCAUUAAGGAAUAUAUGGUUCUUCAGAAAACCAGCAAGGUAGAUGUGGAUUCGAGCGGGAAGAAGUGUAAAGAGAAAAUGAUUAGUGUACUCUUUGAAACAAAAGCAGACGACAGAAGGUUCCAGACAUUUGAAGUCAAAGAGUAUUCAACGCUGGAUGAGUUACAAAGUGAAUUUGAGGCUGUGGGACUGGCAGAACUGUUCACCGAGUUUGUGCUGCCUCAGUUAAAAUAAUUUUGAAGCAAAUGCAUACACCCGUGACUAAACUGUCAUCGAAUGUAUUGAAUGGUUGCUGAGAGAAGAUAAAAUGAAAGGUUUGGUGGCAAACAGCUCUAAAGCUUCACUGCUGCGAAAUGUCAGAAAAAGCCAUCUCCGUCGCAAGACACAAAAGAGAGCUCUCACAUUCUGAACAGCUGAUAGUUUUGACUGUGUGCACUGACAACUUUUGCUGGGAACUGCUGAGUUUGAACAGCUGAUAUUUAAGAAAUGUAGGUCAUAAGUGAAAGAUGAUGGGGAAAUCACUGUGUUCUUGUUGGAUUUGGAUUGAACUCUUAUCCCUAAUUGUCUUGUAAUUAAA